AUGAUGUCAAAUCCCUCAAUUGUUAUUGUGCCAGGCGCCUGGCACAGGCCGGCCCAUUUCCAGGGCCUUAUCGAUGACCUCGCCAAUGUCAACUAUGAGGCAGUUGGUGUGACUAUGCCUUCGGUAGACUCGAGUCCCCCUCUACCAAGCUGGGACCAGGAUGCCCAGGCUGUACGCCGAGUGAUCAUGGAGAGACUGGAUGUCGGCAAGGACGUCGUCGUACUAGCCCAUUCAUUUGGAGGCGUUGCUAUGUCAGAGGCCGUCAAGGGCCUGGGUAAAAAAGAGCGAACUGCACAGGGCUUGAAGGGUGGCGUCAUCAAGUUGAUCUAUAUGUGUUCCAUGGCCUUGCCCAAGGGCCAAAGCCACAUUGGCCAAUUGACCCCCCAAACUCCCGAAGAAGAAGAGCUCGAGAGGCAGGGAAAGGAGAUGGCAGCCAAAUAUGGAGGAAUGGAAAUCACCGCGGAUGGGGCGAUAAAGCUGCCCAAGGAUAAUCUUGACCUUAUCCUGUACAACGGGUGCGACACAAAGGAUGUCGAGAGAGCAGUUGAACUUCUCGGCACAUUUCCAUCGGGUCCGUUGUCCGUUCCUGUGACGUACACCGCGUACCGUGAAAUCCCAAGUACCUACAUCGUGUGCAAAAACGACAUGGCUUUGCGACUACCCUUUCAACGAAGGAUGAUUGCACAAGGAGAGGGUUGCUUCGAAGUUGAAGAAUGCGACGAGGGCCACUCUCCUUGGUUGAGCAACCCGCAAUUCAUUGUUGGUUGCGUGCGACGGGCAGCUGGGGAGAAGGUCUAG